AGUAUUUCCUCAACUUCGUUACAAAAACGUUUGUCGCUUGUUAUUGUAAAAAGUUAUAGUAAAAGUUGUACCGGAGCUUCAAUAAAAUUCAUUUUUCAGGCUAAAAUGCUGCAAGAGGAGCUUACUGAAACAACGGUGGAAGACAAACUUCGACGACUUUGUACGUUUUUCACGGCGAAGAGUUUUGAACAGAUCGACAUGACAUUCGACCUCACUGUCGAUAUCAAUGUCGAUCGAGGCUACUUCCUCGAAAUGAUGGCUGGAGCAAUAACAUUUCAUUUUGGAAUCCAGACCGAUGCCUCAACGCUAGAACAGUUCCAAACACUUGGAGAUAUUGCAAACUACAUCCAUAGCAACCAAUCGUGACGCAAAUAAUGGUCGUGUACGAAAAAAAUCCAAGUUCCUCUCAAAUACUCACAAUUCUUUUACCCAGAUUGUGUCACGGUAGAACGUCGACCACCUCUUUUUGUGAGGAAAGUUGUAUGAUAUGUCAUAAAGAUUUCGUCC